UGGAGUCACUACUUCGCAAUUGGAUUCUGGCAACAACAAGAAAGUUAGAUAAAUACUUCACUGGUCAGGAUGACAGCAUCCUCGGAUAUCUGGGUUAACCAUUUCCGAAGAUGAUUACAAGGGAAGUUAGGAGAAAGAGGGAGGGAGUUGUCUAUGUAUAUGUAUGUGUAUAUGUUUCACCUCUAGCUGCAUUUCUUUUAUAUUCGGCCUGGAGCUGCCUUCCACCUCCGAGCUGCGGUAUGACCUUGCCCUGAGCUCUCAGGACUGACGUGUUCAGGAAAUCAGCUGAUCGCGGAGUCCCGAGGCUGGGCGAGAAGCAGCAGCAACCCCCUCCUCCAGCGGCGUCCGGACACUAGGUUCAUUUCCAGUCGGAGCCCGCAGCCCGCAGCCCCUCCCUCUAUGUCCCCCGCCGGCUGCUCUGUCUGAUUGUGCUGCCUUCACCAUGCUUCACAACGGCAACGACUCUGCCCCGUCAUCGCCCGCUAAGUUGAGUAAAGCAGCUGGAGCCGGAGCCCCGAGCCUCCUCAACCACCCACCGUCCCGGCCCGAGAUCAAGAAGAAUGCCAUCACUGAUGAUUACCGAGUGUCCACUAACGUCCUCGGGCUGGGAGUCAAUGGCAAAGUCUUGGAGUGUAUCCACAAGAAAACGGGAGAGAAGUGCGCCCUGAAGAUUCUCUAUGAUAGUCCUAAGGCACGACGAGAAAUCGAUAUGCAUUGGAGAGCCUCCAGCACCCUCCACAUUGUCCAAAUCAUCAAUGUCUAUGAGAACAUGCACCAUGGAAAGCGCUGUCUCCUGAUAGUGAUGGAAUGUAUGGAAGGAGGUGAAUUGUUCAGCAGGAUCCAUGAUCGAGGUGAUCAGGCAUUUACCGAGAGGGAGGCCUCUGAAAUAAUGAGGGAUAUAGGGAGUGCUAUUCAGUACCUCCACGCAAUGAACAUUGCUCACAGGGAUGUCAAGCCAGAAAACCUGUUGUAUACAUCGAAAGAUGUGAAUGCGAUCCUCAAGCUCACGGAUUUUGGGUUUGCUAAAGAAACAACACUUCACAACUCUCUAGCGACACCAUGCUACACACCGUACUAUGUUGCUCCAGAGGUUCUGGGUCCUGAGAAAUAUGACAAGUCGUGUGAUAUGUGGUCCCUGGGAGUGAUCAUGUACAUUCUGCUGUGUGGGUAUCCUCCAUUCUACUCCAAUCAUGGCCUGGCCAUCUCUCCUGGAAUGAAGAAAAGGAUUCGAAUGGGACAGUAUGAGUUUCCAAACCCAGAGUGGUCCGAAGUCUCUGAGGAGGCAAAAGACCUGAUCCGACAGGUGCUGAAGACCGAUCCCACUGAGCGAAUGACAAUCACCGAAUUUAUGAACCAUCCCUGGAUUAAUCAAUCGAUGGUGGUUCCUCAGACUCCACUCCACACAAGCCGAGUGCUCCAAGAAGAGAAAGAUAUGUGGGAGGAGGUGAAGGAUGAAUUGACAAGUGCACUCGCCACAAUGCGUGUUGACUAUGAUCAGGUGACGAUUAAGGACUUGGACAAAACCAGUAACCCCCUUUUAAACAAGAGGCGGAAGAAACAGACUUCAUCAGCACGGUCCUCAUCAGCUAUCUGCAGCAAUCAGUGAAGAGAGAACCGAACAACAACAGAACUGGGGAUGCUUUUCAACACAUGGCGAGAAACCAGAGGUUUUUAAAACUUCAAUGUGCAGCCUGAGCGAAGGCUGGAGAAAAAUAGAGAGUGGUUUCUACUGUCAUAGACAACAGAACUGGGAGGUUGAAGGCAGCUCCAUUGUGCCGCUGCUGUCCCCCGCAUCCCAGUCCCCCUCCUUUCUGUACUGUUGUGUUGCAUUUUUUUUUAUAUCAUGAACUGUUUUAAUUAGGUUCAAACUUUGCAUUGGCAUUGAUGAACGAAUGACAAAGAAAGAGAAGGCCUUAAACGGAGUACAUUUAAUUCCAGCUCUGACCAUCUCGCAGACCCAUUUGCAGAAAUGGCUACCAUGUCAUGUGUUUUUCCAGUGCCAACACCAACACAGUUUGUGCUGAGGACCUAUUGCUGAGUUGUCAUUUCAAUAUAAUUCUUUGUAAUAAAGUUACUGAUUCGUA